AGUGAAUGAACGCAAUAAAUUCCAUACAUUAAAUUUUUUAUUUACUUCAGAGUAUUGUUCACAGAGUAGCACGAUUGCAUGUGUUUCUGGUUACCACAGUAUACUAGGCAAGUGUAGCAUUCUGGUAUUUGAGUGCAACGUGUACUUCUAUCGUAAGAGGAAAGAUAAAAAGGUUUUCUUUUCUAGUCGGCAUCAAUCAGUCUUGCCAAUACAAGCAGGGAUCAAGGAAGAUUGCCCGCGGAGCAGCUGUGGACUUACGGUGUUGUGGAGGAAGACAGGAAGUCUAGGACGAAUGUGCGCAUAGAAAGGCGAAUGGCGAUAACCUCAAACAGUUUCUUCUCCCUUCAUUCCGAAAUCGUUUGAAGCUGUUAUCAUUUGUAAUAUUGAUUUAUUGGUGAAUGUGGAAUUAAUAUUGAAGUGUUCGAUAUCAGUUCAGGAUGUCAGCCGCAGUGUCAGCAGAUCAAUUGAAUUCAUUUUUGGAGAAAUUAGACAUCCUAUGUGAAAAGCUAAAAGUUGAAGAUUGCCCAAUAUGCGACUUGAAAUUAACAGAAGAGAGAAGUACCUGUACCAAUGGGCACGGGAUUUGUGGAUCUUGUAAAUUGGUCGUCAAUGUGUGCCCUGUGUGCUACGCUUCUUACCCAGGGGAUGAACCAGCUCAGGGUGCUUCAGCACAUUCUCCCCCGAAGCGCUCUCGCCAAUCUACUGAAAAUGGAGAGGACAUGAAUGUAGAUGAAAGCGGGGAAAGUGGUGAUGGCAAAAGAUGUAUUAAUGCACCAAGGGGUUGCCAAGCAUUGAUUUCUGAAAGUGAAUUGGUUGCUCAUGAAAUGUACUGCCCUUUCAGGCUUUAUACUUGUAAAAUAUGCAAUGUAGAAUUUUGUUUGCGUAAACUUCAAGGUCAUUGCGAAAGGUCCCAUAAGAGUCCAAACAGAGUAAUAAAGAAUGACGUUUUUCUGCAAGUUUCACCAAACGAUGUUCAGAAUUGUGAUAGAGUUUACUUUUUCCUGCAUGUGCAUAAUGAGAUAUUUUGGUUCUGGAGAAACAAUACUGAGCGUUUUGUAUACUUUGGCUUGCAGUAUUGUGGAGAUCCUGAUAAGGCAAAUAAAUUUCAAUACACUUUGGAAGUAGUUUCUUUGGAUAAGAAAUCAUCUCUGAAAUUUGGUGGACCUGUUCUUUUUGACACUCCGGAAAUGCCUCGUUAUACCCACUCGGAGGAUUAUAUAAUGAUAGGCAAAAAUAUGAUUGGUGCUGAAUCAAAGUUUAAGGUAACUGUUCGUAAAGUGUGAUUCUCAUAAGUAACUUUCAAUGUGUGCAUUAUAAAUUAAUUUUUUUUAAAUGCAUGUUUUUGAUUUAGAGUACAUAUUUUUAUAUGAUUCAGAACUUUGUUUAUAUGAAUAUGGCUGAAAUUCAGGAAAUCAUUCCAUCUUGCCUUAUUUUAGUGAUUAAACAAGUCUUUUAAUUUUUUGUAUUGAUCAAAAACAUGCUUUUAUUUUCAUGUUAAAUUGUGAAAGUAAACAAGUCACUAGAAAGUCCAAAUUCUUUGAAAUAUCUGUAGACGUCAGACGAGAAACUUUAGGUACAAUUUUAAUGUUUAGGUUAUAGUGACAAAAUUAAUUUUUCUUAAAUAAACAAUUGGGUGAAAAUUACAAUGUUUUGGAUGUGAAAAUUAUGUUUAUAUCAGUCCCCUUAUUUUUUAUGUAUAUUUUUGUCUGCAUCAAAGUACAUUUUUUUUCUCUCGUAACACUUUAUAAAUAACUUUUAUACUGUAAUCAUUUAUGAAAAAAUUAAAAAUGUACAUUAAAGAAGCUUUUUUGUAAAGUUAUGCUAUUAAAUGCCCACAUGUCUAUACAAAGGUUAAACUUGCAAUAUAUUGGUAGAUUCUUGCCUCGGUGAGUGGUGCUAUGUCCUGGGAACAGUUUCUAGUAAUGUUAUUGAGCUAGAGAAAGAUUAUAAUGCUUUUCCUCUUAGAGGACGGUCACAGUAUGUUAGUAAUUAUGCCAAGGAUGUGGCAUCUAUCAGACAGCCAAGCAUCAAUUGACUUCUGACACAAGCCUAGGUUUAUAUUUAACAUACAUUUGUCUUCUUUGAAAACUCUUCAAGCAAAAGGAAUUGUUUUGUUAAUUUUGAAGCUUAGCAAGUUAAACUGAUCACUUUGGCUAAGAUGUACAGUGUACAAUUAACAUGAAACUGCAUCCAUGAGAAAUUUAAUUGUUAUCCAAGUUUCGUCACUGUAACAAAACCCCCUGAACGUUCUCAAAAUUGUUUC